GUGAAGUAAGAGCCCAUGUGUGUGCCGAGAAGGAGGUCGCGUUCGCUCCCAGCCAUCGCAUCGGUCGUGUUCCCUCGACGCUCAGUGACUCCGUCGACUGCUCUUAGAUCUUGAAGAAAGACUUCGGAAAAUGAGGAUCCCAGUUUUGAAGAAAUGUUGCUGCGGGUGCAUGACCGUCAGGACGGGCAGCAUCGUCAUUGCAGUGUUUGGGCUGGUUUGUUAUGGAAUUACUCUCCUGAUGUGCCUGGCACUCAUCACCGGGCUGGCCGACUGGAAGGUCGGACUGGCCGCUUUCCUCCCAGAGGACGUUACGAGACAAACUUCUGUCUACACGGUCGCGGACGUGGUUGUCGCCAUCGUGUGGAUCAUAUGUGAUUCCCUACUUCUCGUUGGAGUUCUCAAGAUGAGGAGGAAACUGAUGAUUCCGUUCCUGGGUCUGCAAUUGGUUUGGCUGACGCUGGGGACGAUCGCUGCGAUCGUAUUAUUCGUCUUGUUUGCCGUGAAUUCAGGAAGCACCAUCUUCGUCGCCGUUACUGCCGUCGUCUUCGUCGUUCUCUAUGGCAUCGCAGUUUACUUCUUCUUCGUCGUCUAUUCCCAUUUCAAGGAACUCGAGAGCUCGCCGCCACCCGAAGACGUGAAACACGCCCAGGAAAGCCCCGAAAGCGUCCCACUCGGAGACGCCCGCGAAUCCUCUACGAAGAGCCCAGUGUAACCCCCAUCGUCAACUUCCUUCUUCCCCAUUUUUUUUUCCAUCGCCAUGCCGAAUGUUCUCGUGGAGUGCCUGCGCUCGUGAGAAAAUUCAUUUCUUAUUCCUUGGAGAAUAUUUCCAAGCUUCACUCAGUGAAACUCAGCUUCGGUUUGCGAGUAUGCAUUAUCUCAUUUCCUUGAGUGCGCUCAAGGGGAGCGCGUGAUUGCUAAGGGCAUUACAAUAAUAUUAAAAAUCACUUUCAUUGGAACGCUGGGCCGCAAUUUCGAUUUUGCUAAGAGUUGGUACUCAAAGCUUCUUCGCUAACUUUAGAAAAUCAUCCAACUAACCUCAUUUAGCCAUAUUUAGCUGUCUGAAGGAAUAUGCGAGAAAUAUGAGCCAUUCAGGGGAAGCAGACAGAUGCAGCAUGUCCGCCAAUAUCGUUUCCAUUUCAAGACUGAUGGGUCAGUCCUAGUUUUGCUAUGCAAAUAGAAGUGUGCUUUUGGAAGGCCAGAGAGAACGUGUGUCUGAUGACUCCAAUCCCGGACAGAAGAAUUUCCUGUCGUUUGGAAACAAAUUUAUUUCGUCCUCGGGCGGUCGAAGACUGCUUGGAAACCGAUGGAAACGAAGUUUUCCAUCCAUAACGUCAAUUUCUCCAGCUUGGAAUUGCGGAAUUCAUUUGUUUUCUGAGCAUGAAUCCAAAAUAAAAAAUAUUAUUCCUGCCG